AUGGAAGCCAUCAAGAAAAAGAUGCAGAUGCUUAAACUGGACAAGGAGAAUGCCUUAGACCGGGCUGAACAGGCAGAAACGGAGCAGAAACACGCCGAGGAGAGGAGCAAACAGCUGGAGGAUGAAUUGGUUGCCAUGCAGAAGAAGCUGAAAGGGACGGAAGACGAACUGGACAAAUACUCUGAGGCCCUAAAAGACGCCCAGGAGAAGCUGGAAGUGGCCGAGAAGAAGGCAGCCGACGCCGAAGCGGAGGUGGCCUCCUUGAACCGCCGCAUCCAGCUGGUGGAGGAGGAGCUGGACCGGGCUCAGGAGCGCCUUGCCACGGCCCUGCAGAAGUUGGAGGAAGCCGAGAAGGCCGCCGAUGAGAGCGAGAGGGGCAUGAAAGUCAUUGAAAACCGAGCCCUGAAGGACGAGGAGAAGAUGGAGCUGCAGGAAAUCCAGCUGAAGGAGGCCAAGCACAUUGCCGAAGAAGCCGACCGGAAGUAUGAGGAGGUGGCUCGUAAGCUGGUGAUCAUCGAAGGAGACUUGGAGCGGACCGAGGAAAGAGCUGAGCUGGCCGAAUCUAAAUGUUCAGAAUUUGAAGAGGAGCUGAAGAACGUUACCAACAACCUCAAGUCUCUUGAGGCUCAGGCGGAGAAGUAUUCUCAAAAAGAGGACAAAUAUGAAGAGGAGAUCAAGAUUUUGACUGACAAACUCAAGGAGGCCGAGACCCGUGCCGAGUUUGCCGAGAGAUCGGUCGCCAAAUUGGAGAAGACCAUCGAUGACUUGGAAGAUAAGCUGAAAUGUACCAAAGAGGAGCAUCUCUGCACGCAAAGGAUGUUGGACCAGACCCUCCUUGAUCUGAACGACAUGUAAAAAAAAAAAGACCCGAGGCAACGGCAGCCCCCUCCCACCCUUUCUCUUCACCCUACGCCCCCCCCCCCGAGCAGCCAUUCUCCACGCGGGUUCAACUCUGUUCGUUUUGUUUUUUUCUCCCAAGGGAAAAAAAUGAUAACAACCAGAAAGUUGACCUCUAACCCUCCCAAGGGGGAAAAAAAGUCAUAAAUUACAUUCUUGAUAUUUGGGGGGACCAAUUUAGUUUUAAAAAAAAAACACCUCUGCUGUGUUUUUCUUUUUUUUUUUUCUUCCUUGCCCACCGAGACAUUCCUUAAAUUUUCAGCCGGAAGGAAGGAAAAAGAGGCAGCCCCCAUUGGAAGAAUUUAAAGGGAGCGAGCGACUGGAAGGCGUGAAAUUUAAGGCGUUGAAAUUAUUACGUGGCUGAUGUGUGUUUCAGGUUAACGCCCCCCCCCCCAAUCACAAAGUAUUUUCACCCCUCAGUGGCCGACCCCCGAAAGCAUGCAGCUUUUAAAUCAAUGUACUGUUUUGUUUGCCCUUCUGAAUCGGAUGAGCCUCCCCCCACGAUCCGAUGGAGCGGUCGAUCGAAUGAAUAAUCCGAAAUCCCAUCGUUGGUCCGAAACAACCAGCAAAAGCUUUUGCGGUGUCCACUAACGGGGGACUAACGUUCGCUUCCGCAAGGAAAAAGCCUUUCCUCUUGCCUCUCCCCUUUUUCCCAUUUUUUUUGGGGGGGGGGGAUAUUUAAAUUCGGCUUUUUAAGGAAAUAAGUUGGGCUGAGGUUUGUGCUUUGUCCGCUGCUGUUUUAAUCCGUGUUUUUAUAACCUUUUUCCAGCUGUGGGGGGGGGAAGAGCACUGUGUUUAAAAAUAAGAAAAGAAAAACAUAAUCGGGGCUCCGUGCGUGGUUUUUUUUUUAAUUUAAAGUUUCCUUUUCUUUAAACCCAUAUAAAUCGUUCUUAAGCUCCUUCGCUCUUUUCUUUCCUGCAUUUUUUUCUGACACUUCG